AUGUAUCUGAAUGAGAGGCCGCUGUGUGGUGACUACCCAUACCCACUCAACUCUCAGCCCAAGAACUACGGCUAUUGUCCACCAGGUAGGUUUGUGUUUCAUGGAUAGACAUUGACAACAUGACCAAAUGUUAUUGGAUAUGUUGCAUGAUAGUGUUCAAGUAGUCCUAAUUGAGCCUUCCAAUACAGUUAUUGCUCUUUUCCUAUUGAGAGGGGUAUAAUUAGCAUAUGCAGUCUAUUGUCAUAGGUCUGUGGAAAGAAGCUAUAACCAAAUAGGCUAAACGUAUCCUGAAUGACGCAAAUAAAUACCUUGUACUAGAUUGGAAAGAUGCGGUUCGGCGAGGCAGUUAUUGGGACGCCGGCGGUAAAAUCGGGGGUGAAACCAAGCUUUCAACUCUUCAAGUCCGGGUGUCGCUCCAGGGUCGCGAGCUAUGGGAACAGUUUGGAGAUAUAGGAACAGAGAUGCUUAUCACCAAAACAGGAAGGUAGGAUGUGUGGAUGGAUGAUAAAUAGCUACCGGUAGCCAUUUAUAAUAAUCCCUUGUCCUAUCUGUGUCAUUUUGUGGGAAAAUAAAGGCUUUUUAAGAGUUAUGCUGUGUUGGGAGUUUAUUAGAGAAAUUAUAUGUUUCUUUCGUAAUGAGAAUUUACCAUUAUAAUUUCAAGGACAAGUUGUAUCGGCUAUCCUGCCGCUCUAUGUGAUUGAAUAAGCGAUUGAGGCGACCUGUUAGUUCAAUCGCGUUCAAAUUUACCGCCUGAUGUUAUAGGCGCAUGUUUCCAAACUGCAAAGUCACUGUGACAGGGUUAAAUUCUCUGGCAAAGUACAUGCUGAUAAUGGACAUGGUCCUGUCUAAUGAAAACAAAUACAAGGUAGGCCUACCUCACAUACCCCUCCCAGCAUUACUGUUUAUUUCUAUUUUGUUAUCUAUUGGCUACCAUGUUUGACAAACAGUUGCAGGGUAGUGAUUGUGUUUAUAGAGCUUGAUAAGCUUUUACUAAUGUAUGCUUGUAUAAUAACUGCAGAAUGUGCUUUUAUUACUGUGUUAUCCAUAUGUAUUGACACUAUACAUCUGUCCUGUGCAGUGGAGUAGGGAUCGCUGGGUGGUAUUACUGAGCCCCACCUUCCCAACUGCUUCUUCAUCCACCCAAACUCAGCCUCCCUGGGGGAGAGGUGGAUGCAGUGCCCAGUCUCCUUCCACAAGCUCAAGCUCAAACUCACCAACACCCUCAACUCCAAAGGCCUGGUAAGGCUUGGCAUGGAAGACCCUGGCACUAUCUGUGACACUAAAAGUGCCAUGUCACCAUGAUACUGUUGCAAUAGAUGAUAACCACUGAAUGUUAAGUUUGGUGAUACAAUACAGUAAUACAUGCUUUGUUUUCAUAUCAGAUACCUCUGUAAAUACAUCAGAUACUGCUGCAGAUAUGAGGAUAUCACCAUGUAGGUUGAGAUGGAGAGUAUGUGUUGGCAGGCAUACUUGUUUUGGCAGGUUGCCUAGUUUGAAUGCAGUGGGUGAGGUAGGAGGUGAUACAGGUGCAGGUGUCCCAGUUAGAGGACAAGGACCUGCACCUGUAUCACCUCCUACCUAACCACUGCAUUCAAACUAGGCAUCCUGCCAACACAUACUCUCCAUCUCAACCUACAUGGCAUUGUGUUCUAAAAAUAAACUGAACAUAUUUGCAUCAGCAUAUUUUACAUCAUAAACAGCAUUACUUGUCACAUUCCAGCACAAUCUCAGAGCCAGUAGUCAAAUCAUAAUUAAAACUCUCCAAAGCAUUUACAAAUUAAUUAAUUUCAAGGUAUAAAUUAGAACCUUCCAAUAUGCAAACAUUCCUAUCAAUAUGCGAUAACAACUCAACAUUCUACCUAAUAAACAACAGUGAGUCUUUAAACGUACAUUUACAUUUAGCAGAUGCUCCAGAGCGACUUACAGUUAGUGCAUACAUUAUUCUUUUUAAUUUUCAUACCCCAUGGGAAUCGAACCCACAACCCUGGCGUUGCAAACGCCAUGCUCUACCAAAUGAGCUACCUCCCUGCCGGCCAUUCCCUCCCCUACCCUGGACGACGCUGGGCCAAUUGUGCGCCGCCCCAUUGGUCUCCCGGUUGCGGCCGGAUUCGAACCAGGAUCUCUAGUGGCACAGCUAGCACUGCGAUGCAGUGCCUUAGACCACUGCGCCACUCGGGAGUCAAUUGAAACAUGGAAAGAAAGUAAAAUCUAAACAAAAUUGCAGGUUACUUAUGUUUGGGUAAUGUGAUGCACAGAUAAUAGAAUAAAGGAAUGAUUGCUGGAGAGGUUUGUACUACUGCCUUUUCUACAAUACUAGCACAGGAGGUUGGUGGCACCUUAAUUGGGGAGGACGGGCUCAUGGUAAUGGCUGGAGCGGAAUCAGUGGAAUGGUAUCAAAUACAUCAAACACAUGGUUUCUGUGUUUGAUGCCAUUCCAUUUGCUCCGUUCCAGCCAUUAUUAUGAGCCGUUCUCCCCUCAGCAGCCUCCACUGAAUACUAGUAACAGGUAUCAUAUGUUUUGCAGGUGAUUCUCCACUCCAUGCAUAAGUACCAGUCCCGCCUGCAUAUUGUCCAGUCUCCAGACCCCCACAACCCUCUGUCAGGGGACUACCUGUGCUUCACCUUCCCUGAGGCAACCUUCAUAGCUGUCACUGCCUACCAGAACUCAGAGGUAAGGCCAGGACACCUUUAGGAUCUCACAGGAGAUACUGGAACAACUGUAUUCUGAUUGUGUUGAUUAGAGUGCCCUCUGGAGGGUGAAUAUGGACAGUGCACGUAAAGUCUGGGAUGUCAAAUGCUGCUGCUACAAGAGAGCAUAAUAAGAGAUGUGUAAUACUAUAAUUAAUGAGGCGUGCUAAUUUACCCAACAGAUAACAAAACUCAAGAUAGGCAACAACCCCUUUGCAAAAGGCUUUCGUGACAGUGGGCUGAACAGAAAAAGGUGAGAGACCUUCAGAUAGCCUUCUAGUAGCUUGAAACAUGAACGGCAACUCUCACUUGAAAGUGAUGCAAUACUCCUCCCAGUAUGACUCAGAAUAACAUUAUCAUAUUUGUUGGUCAGUCAUCUAUUCCCCAAUAUGUUCCUCUUGGUAAACCUGUUAGCGCAGUGGGAAAUAUGAUGAUUAUGCAGAAUUGGAAUGGUACUUAGUUGACUCACUGAUCAAUUAAGUGCCAUGUUCUUUUACUCUUUACUGGUACACAUCACUAUCAUGUUACUAAGAAACGGUGAAUAAUGUGAAUUCUUUCUUUCUGUAGGUUCAGAGAAAAGGAAGGUCAGAGCUCUGACAAACUAAAUGAAAGACAACGCCAGAUGGAAUCAAAACCUUCAAAUGAUAGUCACAAAAGGCCUACAGAAUUGUUAAUGUUUGAAACAUCUGUAAGGGAAAUUGUAAACACUACACCUAAUUUCUAAAUAAGGGAUUUCUAUUUUAUACAAUGAAAAGUCUAGCCAUGAUAGUCAAGCCAGCUGUCUAUUGAGCUUGCCAAACAUGGAAAAGAAAACUGCUCAAGAAAAUAGCCAGCAGGUGUCAUUAAUUCCUCGAGACAAUCCAAAGACUAGUAGGCUAUCUACAGUACGUAGUCAUUAUUCUAUACCGGUCCUCUAAAGUAAAUAUUAUAUCAUUUUAAAGAGUUGGUCAAAGUGAAAGGUAAAGGAAUCUCCAUGAAUCUUCUCUGUUCUAGCAUUCUGGGCCUGUAUUCAUAAAGUCAAAUCCAAAUCAAAUUGUAUUUGUCACAUGCACUGAAUACAACAGGUGAAAAUGCUUACCGUGAAAUGCUUACGAGCCCUUAACCAACAAUGCAGAGUUUUUAAAAAGUAAGUAAGAAAAAUGUGCUAAAUAAACUGAGUUGGAGUACUGAUCUAGGAUCAGUUUGCCUUUUAGAUAACGAUGAAUACGAUUACAUAGAUCCUAGAUCAAUACUCCUUCUCUGAGACACUUUAUGAAUACGGGCCCUCUUCUGUCCUGUCCUUAAUUGUCUCAGUACGAUCCAGACCAGUGGAGUCAGAUGAUGAGGCUGACGUUACCGUCUCCAGCUCUAGCUCAUUGGAUUCCCAUGGUGCAGCAGGAUACAGGACUGAUGACAUCACGUCUCUCUCUGCUGCUCCUAACCCCAUCAUCUCUGCCUUCAUGAACUGGGGGGCUGCAAUUGCCCUGCCCUGUGGCCAGGAGUGAUGGGGGGGGGGGGGUCAAGGACCCACAACACAACAGUAGGAUGAUGAAGAUUGUUAGUUUCAGAAACUGUCAAUUUAUUUCUAUCUUAAAAGUGUAUUACAUCAAAUCAGCAGCUAUUCAUUGUGAACGAGAAUCAUAAGUAUUCUUCUUAUCAGUCCAGUAUUUCUAUAGGAUGUUGAUUUGUUAAUGAUUAUGAUAAUCUCAAAUUUGUAUUUAUGAUAAAUAAACUAGGCUAAUAAUCUGAAAGUGUACUCUGUUGUUCUAUUUCAGCCCUGGGCAGCAUAAGGAGGCCAGGCAUACUUGUUUACCAAACGUUGCCUCUCCUCUCUUCCUCCCACACCUUCCAUUGGGCCAGACUCACCACCCAGGGUCUGUUGGCUUCAGGAGGCCCCCGGCACAGAGCAGCAGACCAGUGGGGCCUCACCCACCUCACCACAGAGGACCUGGCGGUCCAGCACCUCACCUCUCCCACAGCAGACCACCACCAGGCCCACCAGAAAUAG